AUGUCGCAUCCUUCGUUUUUGGUCUGUGGAACUAAUUUUCUGCAGUGCCAAAUUAUAAUUCGUUUAUAAUUUUGAUAAUGCUCGGAUAUCUUUAUAAACUAUUUCAAACAUUCUAGCAUAGUUUAUAAGAAAUUACGUGUUCUUAAGAAAAUUAUCAUUAAAUCGCAUUUUAAAAUGUAUCGAAUAAUGAAAUCAAAUAUAUAUUUACAUGAAGUUGUUCAAGAAAUUCUUGAUGCCGUGUGGACUAUGUGCUGCAGUACCAGCAAUGAAACCUCCAACUUCUCCUGAAGAUAGUACACCAUGUAGUAAUGAAACACAAGGAAAGAAAUUAAUAAAACCAUCAGAAUUACCCAUUUAUUCUAUUGAUGAUGGGUAUUCUAAGCAGAUGCCAUGCAUAGAAUAUCCUUCUAUUGUGGAAGAAAAUAUUAGAAAAGUACGUCAAACAGUGAGGGAGAUAAAAGUUACAUUAGACAGGGUUUCCCAUGAUGUUUCAAGUACCUUUGAAAAUCUGAAAUUUGCAAUUGAUUACCUACAAGAUGAAGCCAAUAUUAUGCCACGAAUAGGAGCUGUUGGUAUUGGUGGUUUAUCAGGAUUAAUAUUCAGUCUCAGAGGAGGCAUAUUAAAAAGACUGUUUUAUACAACUACAGGUGCUAGUAUUGUUGGAUGUAUUUGUUUCCCUAAAGAAGCAAAACAAGCAUUAAACACAGCAGAACACUAUGGAAAUAUUAGUUACAAUUUCAUUUACGGUGUGAAACCAGGGGAUAACAAAAAGGAAAUUUCAGUAAAUGAAUUUCCAUUACUGAAAAGUGUGCUUGAAUCAGAAUAUUUUCGUAUGAUAGCUCGACUUUUUGAAAAAGAAACGAGCGAUACAACUGUAUCAACCAAUACAACUGAAAAAGUGGAGCUAAAUACAAAGAAGUGAAGAAUUCAGAGAAGGAAGAGUAAUGAAUUAGCAACAUUAGUUAAUGAAUAUUUAAUAAUUCAAUGUAAUAUAAAAAUUAUGUAAAGUUUUAAUAUCUGUAAAUAAAAAUCAUGAAAAGUAA